AUGGUCCGCGAAGGGGUGCGGCCGCGCGACUUCUUGGAGCAGUUCGACAAGCAGAGGGAGCUGGUCAUCCCGCGCGCAGACUUCUACCGGGGCCUCGCAUCGGCCGGCUUCUCCCUCAACCCCCUGGAGAUGGACACGCUCAUGGAAGUUUUUGCCGCGCCAACACGCCGAAGGUACAUAGAGUACGAUCGGUUCUGCGCCACGGUGGGCGAAGCCUUAACUCAGGGCGGCCUCGAGAGGGCGCCGCUGCUGCAGCCCAUCGCGCACGCCCCCCCGCCCACCACCAACAACUUCCUCAACUUCGAAGAGCGCAACAUGGUGGCGAUUGCCCUGGAUAAGCUGGCCAAGCACCACGACCAGGUUUCCAACAUCCUCGAGGUGUUCAAGGAUAAUAGAGCAUAUGUACAGUCGCGUGGCGUCGGUCCAAUGGUAUUUAUGGGCAUGAUAGCAUGGUUGUUGGGCGUGGUGCCGGUAUUUGCGGGGGUAACGGCUGUGCCGGAUACUUGGUGUCAUCAAACAAAUGUAAAUGCGACAUCGCCGCCCGUGGCAAGUAGAGCUGGGCGAUGCAUUGCUCUAAAGCGGCUUUGGCAAGAGGGUUCAUCGGGUGGUCGCGUGAGUCGCAACCGCCUGGGCGAGUGGCAGUGCGUUGCAACGAGUGGCAGUGAGCGAGGGGCGGCGUGGGCGCAGGACGCGGACCGCGAGCGCUGUGGCAGCGUGCCCGCGUCGCGCGUGGUGCGCGCGCUCUGCCAGCGCGGGCUGCUGGCGCUGCUCUCGGCGCGCGAGAGCGACCUCCUCUGCAAGUGCUUCGCCCACCGGCGCGGCUGCGCGGACGAGGUGGACUACCGCGCGCUUUGCAAUGCACUCGACCUGGUGCAUGCGACAUCCCAAGCGCAGCCCUGC